ACUAUUUACCCAACAAAGGUAAAGAUGGCUUGUUUCCAUUUCCACGUUUUGCUGAUCCUUCUCAAUGAAUUAAAUUGACAUAUAAGAAGACAGUAUUGAAUGCAUAGCCUGGAGAAAUGUCUAGCUUCCCAUUUUCCAUUCUUUACUGAUAGAAAAAUCUCUUUAAGGUUGAUAAUUUAUUUCCUGAUGUUUAAGGCACUUCAGUUAUUUUAACGUAAUAUGAUCCUGUUUUGUUCACAUUGCACUAAUCCAUUGGUAAAAAGACAUAGAAAAAAUUAACCUGUUGUAUUAGUUUUGGCACCGUUUUCCAUAUUCGUUAUUUCUAAGGUUGCUAGAAUUUGAUGUCUUUUCUGUUUUAAACAGGGAAAUUUUUAGCAGACAACAUAGUAGGAUCUGUUCUUGUAUUCUCCUUGGUAUUUUGGAUUCCUCUCAGUAUUCUAGUACACUGUAUGGACAAGAAAUUGGACAGGCAAUAUGAAGAAAACACCAAAUCUCUGUUUGGUCCAAGUAACGCCGAGAUGUUGAGCAGCAUGGAUUCGGCCUCCAUCCGAAUCAUCAAGCCUUUCCCCGUUGUGCCGCCGGCAAGUCGGCACCAGCCUUUGCAGACCAUCGUGCCGGUGUCUGUGGCGGCAGCGCCCCCAAAACUGGAUCACCAAAGAAUGGACACCAUCCAAGAGGAUCCAAGCACAGACUCCCACAUGGAGGAGGAUUGCUUUGAGAAGGACCCUUUCCCCAACAACAGCACAGCUGCCAAAUCGUUUGAAGACCUGACGGAGCAUCCGGUCACCCGGAGCGAGAAAAACUCGUUCAAACUGCAGCGCCAACAUAGAGUAGACAGCAAGGAAACCGAAUGCUAGUCUCUGCCUUCUUGGCUGACGAUUCUCCUGCGCAAAAUUUAAGUUCAGCUAGUUGAUCUCAAGCCAUUUCAUUAUAUCCUCUGCCUCUCUGUGUGUCUGCAUUUGUAUAUUGAGGGGAAAAAAUCAAGGAAGUGACCAAUUGCAGAUGUUAGCCAUAUGAUCUUCCUGUGACAUCAGUAUGAAAGAGUCCAGCCUCAAAGCAUAGAAAGUGAGGUCAGAUAUAUUGAGUUUAUUCUGACUCUUUGGUAUUCUCAAAUCGAACCUACCCUUCAGUGGAUGGAAUCAAGCCAUAAUCUCUCUGACCCAGGAUUUCUGUAUCUUAAGUAUUUUUAUAACGUGCCUUCUUGGUAUUAAACAGCGCUGCUAAGGGAGAUUUCUUUUUCCCCUUCCAGAAUAGACCUUCCAAAUAAAUGAAGUCGUCUUUUAUUAAAGAAUUCAGGAAUGCUGCUAAGCAGUAUUUUUUUUUUUUAAUGAAAGAUGAAGAGAACUUUUCAAUUUAAUUGGUAAUUAGGAAAGGCUUGAGAUUUCAGCUAAAUUUGAAGGGAGUAUCGUAGCCCAAUUACUUCAAUGCGAAUCUUGGAGUCUGAGUAAUGUUUUCCGAAUAAACUAGAGUGGGGCUUUAAUUACACUGUUCUGAUCGGAAACCCGACAAGAAGUUAAAUCAAAACCCAAUUGAGAUAGAAGCAGCGUUUUCAGUUGUUUUCAGAUUUGCAUGCCCCUAGCAGCGUGCUGGA